AGAUGUCUUCGCGUACCCCCGGUUGAAUACCACUGUUCUAGACGCAGCUGUAACCUCUCUCUCUAGCUCCUUGGGUGCUGUCCCUCGCAGUUACAACAUUUCGGAAGACGACCUCUACUUUCCUUCUUGGGGCAUUCUUGGAGGCGGUGGCCACCCCCACACCGGAGGCAUCUCGGUGGUCGCCUGCGGUAGACCCGCAUGUGGCCGAAGGUCUUGAAGUUGGAGCAAUGCCUUAGUACAAUUUGGGACCCGUAGGUUUCCACUUUUAUGUCUGUGUUGAAGAGGUCUUAAGGUCGAAUAUGGUUGGUGACUUCUGGCAGGGUGACAAGGAAUAGGGGCAUGGUUACAAUGGUAAAGAAUUGCUCAGGAGAGGGGCUGUAGCUAGCGUCGAAGCCCAGUUCCUGCAGAACGACUACAGCAUCUUCGAGACUGGUGCUUACGAGAACAUUUCGGGUAACUGCAUUGAUAGGCUUAUCGGAUUCCGGGUAAGAGUUGAAGGGAUAGAGUUUGCUGUUGUUAAAAUGUGACAGCGUCGUCUAAUAGCCUUCCAUUUUGUGGGUAAUUAUGAGGGGGUUUCUUUUCUUUUCGAAAGGAUAUGAGAUUAAUUGAGAGGUCAGGAUGAUUGCCGUGAUAAGAGCGAAGGAGUUCCGACUUGGAAUUGAAGAAGCUACCUCGAGCUGAUGCAAUGGAUUACCCUGAGCCGGCUUUUUCCAUCUUCCUUGAUCCAGCUGAGUCCUCUGGCCUUCUGACAAGCUUGAUCUCUUCCUUCGACUUCCGGAGGCUGUGACCUCUAUCUGUUGUUUGGCCUGUGGAGUAGGUUGAGGAGUGCUGGGCGUGUGGUCAUCCUGGAGUGAAGUCUUACGGAAUUAAACAGAGUUCAUCGUUCGUAUUUAGUUACCAGUGAAGCACUCGAGAAGCGAUUAAAAAGUAUUUUUAUUCAGUUCUUGUCAGUCGGCUAUGGUUAUUUCUUCUACCACUCCCGUAAUCUACUCCCAGUUCGCAGGAAGUUCAGUGUAGGAACUAAACGACACGUUUCCGGAAGAGAUGAAUGGACUGUUAUCAAAUCUGUACGGUAUCGAGAACAUUGCUGAGUAAAAUAAACGAAUUGGAAAGUUUCUUUUUUAAUUCGCGUGGCAAAUAGAAGCCUUAAUGAUGGGCGUUUUCGGGACCCUGUCGAUAGUCAAAGGAAGUGUUAAAAAGAUUAAGACACCGCGUGGUAAGAAGAAGAUAGGACGUGAAAGAUAUUUAAGGAGAAUUCUUGAUUAAAGGAUAUUUCGUGACCACGUGCCUGUGAGAAUUUGGGUAACGCAGUGGUUGUUGAAGACGGGAAGUUGGGUGGCAAUAGGCUUUGUCUAGUCUGCAUCCGUCUUCCCGUUUUGGAAGUGUGAUUUCGUCUCUGUGCGUGUGUUUUUAUUAUUUUGUAUCUGCCUUUCUGUGUAACACAGUAGUUACACUUGCGAAUAUGAGGAAUUUAGCUACUUCACGUAACAAAUUAUGAGAUUUUCCGCUGAAUUUUCAGCUAGAGUCACACCAGAAUGUUUACUGCUCGUGUUUACUAGUGGAUGUUUUGUUGAUUGUCAUGAACCUCUCUAGGCGAAUGUGGGCCAAUUCCUCAAAGAGGAUAGGCUAGGAUCUUUUAAUAUUUGUGUGAAAGCAACUCAUAAUGUUCCAGUCAAUGAAUUAGCGUAUUUCUUGAGGUUCUUGGUUCGUGUACGAUAUUCCUGAUGUGGUUUUCCGUCGGAGUAAAAGAGGGAUGGUACAUGAACACAUGCCUUAACCACACGCUUACCCAGCAAACGUGCCACUAGAUACUUUCACCAUUAAUGACUGUUUCCUUCUUAAAUCCAGAUAAAAAUUUUGUGCCGUUGAAGAUCCAAGAGUCGACGUUCUAAUGUCCGGCUAAAAUGAAGACUUAAAAUGGUUCCGAAAUGUUUUGCAGUUCCGAAACAAGGUAGAUCGUGCAGCCGUUGGUUUCAUUGCUGCCCUCUGCUGGUUUAUCCUCGUAGAAUGUUCUUGCUGAGAUGACCAGGAAAUUGACGACGACAGGAGAAAUAUGAAAGGAGACGAAUUUGAAACGAAACAGUGAUGUUGAUUGAGGAUCGACGUUUGGAAUGCGUGGCUUGUGGAAACCUGGAGGAGAAAGGAUGUUUCCUAUAAAUAUUGGAGCGGAAGGCAUUGCAGGGCAGAGCUUCUGGAGACCCACAAAAGAAAUGUCUACCACAGCGCGACUGGUGGUAUUCCUGCUCCUAAGUUUUGUUUUCCUGGCGAAGACGGAGUCUGAACAAAAGAAUAACAAAUAUAAGAGAACUGUUGUCAUCAACGCAGAUAAAGGCGGAAGGGUCGACUCAAGAAGUAUUUCUGAUAACGGUGGCUACAGGGGCACAGAAGAUAGAGCCGGAUACGCAGGUGGCAGCAUUGCCGAUCAUCUGGGACAGGGGUUCAGCACUGGCAAUGGUCAAGCCGGAAGUGGAGGGCAUCUUUUCGAAGCCUUCCGAGUGGCCCGCCCAAUCUCCGUCCCUCAGUCUGUCCCAGUUGCGUUGAACCGUCACGUCCCUGUGGCUGUUUCCCAGCCUUACCCAGUGACCGUCCCUAAACUGUACCCAGUAGCUGUCCCUCAUCCUGUGACAAUUCCGGUUCCUCGACCCUACCCAGUGACCGUCCCUCGUCCCGUACCUGUCCCAGUAGUUGUCCCACAUCCCAUCGGAGUCCCCGUCCCAAAACCAUAUCCCGUUCCUUUUCCCCACCCUGUCCCCUUCCCAUCCCCCUUCUUGGUCGGAGGCGGCGUACCUUUCAGCGGCUUCGGAGGAGAGGUCCUGAACUUUGGUCACGGUACAGCAGGUGUUUUGCUGGGACUUCCAGAAGGCCAUGGUUUGACCACUGGAUAUGGACAUGGCUUUCAGUUUCCCUUGUCGUCACCAGGAUUCGAGCCAUCAAACAGCGGUGCCAAUAGUGACGGAAACACUCCUGAACCGGGCUACAGCUCUGAACCUGCGAAGGUUUCAGACAGCGGCCUUGCUUCUAGCUUCUCGUAUCUUGAGGGCGGCAAAGGGGCACCUCCACCGACACAGGACGCCGGGCCUCCUCCCAGUGCUGCAGUCCCCGCGCCCUCACGAGAUGGCUACCACCACGGUCCCACAUAAGAAGAGCGAUGCUGAAGACAUUGUGAGGUUGGGUCUGAACAUGAACUCGUUCCUCUCCUCCGCACCAACAUCCAGGGUCCAUUCUUUGCUUUAUUCUGUCACUUACAAGGGUAUCAUGACUUAAACGUUAUUAUUCUUACUCGGGCGAGGCUGUGGGGGUAUACAAAGACUGCAGUCUCUCAGACAGCGGUCGUCCAGUGAGCUUUGACAUGCAACAAUGGCACAACGUUCUACAACGUGUCUGAGAUCUCGCUGAGUCUCGACUAAAUUCUGCAGUCAGAUUAUCUCAACAGAUUGAGACACUUUCCCUCGCCAAAACAUUUUUGAAUGAGGAAAAGAUCGUUAAAUAUCUUCAUUAUGCUUAAUUUUGCUUUCAUAUAAAUGUAUAAUUUAUUAUUUUAGAUAUUAUUAGAUGGGUCAAUUUAGCACAAAGACAAUUAAAGAUAAACAAUUUUUAACAAGUAUUUCAAAGAACGAUUUAUGAAAAUUCCGUCAGGAAACAAAACCUCGUGUUAAUCCCUAUUUGUAAUAUAUGCCUGUAUCACAGCCUGUUUCGAAAGUGCAGAGUUGACAAUUUUAUAAUUUCACAUCUCUGGAAAUAAAAAAAAAAUAUAUGGCGAGAGCACUGUGGAGUAAAAGUCUAAAACGAACUUCUGAAUUAGUAACACUGUUCAACAGAAAUUUUAAACGUGUGCUAAACUGUUUCAAUUUGGGAUAUCGCUUCAAAUUCACACGCGCCUAAAGAUUUAUGUUUAAAACGCACUGACUGAUACAAAUAUGAACGAAAAUAGCUAAAUCAGGCUAUAGAUGUCUCUCUUCAUCCAUCAAAUAUAUACAAUGUCUGUCGAACGCUACAGUUACUUGCAGUCUAAAUUGGAUAACCUUUCCAAAUUUUAUAUAUAGUUUUUUUUUCCAAAUGUUUUAAUUAAACAAAUCAUGAAAUAUAUAGAGCAAUAUACAAAUUACUUCACAUGUGUUACGAAGUCUGAAAGAGCUCGAUCACAUUGUCUGAAUAGAGGAAUAAUGGACAAAUCUGGGGGGGAAAAAUCACUUAAUAAUAAUCUAAAUAUUUGGAAUUCGAGUAAUUUGCUGAAAAUCAACCAUAUAAAAUUUUUAUUUCCUUAAUAUUAAUUUUAAAAAUUUCUUGAAUGUAAACUGUAGCAAAUUAAAACGCAUUUCUCUGCACAUGUGCCGAAGAAAUUCAGAGAAUCCAUGAGAACUUCAGAAACGCGUUUUUUUCAGCGCACGUAAAUUUCUCCCACUGACUACGUGCUACGAUACAAAUGGUCUGGUUUGUCUUUAAUUUACUAUUUACGAUGGAUCUUCCAGGCGACGUCAUUAUUUUAAAAUUAUUCAGUCAAAGAAAAUAUUGCGUAUUCAUCUGGGAACGCAGAAUAAAUAUUUUUUGACUUUAUUUUCACAAACUAGCAGCGCCAUUGUGUAAACAGACCAAACAUAUGCAUAGCCUAACUUUUCCGUAGUGUGCAUGAUGUGAUACUUUGUAGACGAAGCUUCGUGUAAAAAAAUAAUAAAAAUAAAUAAAAAUAAACCAGGCUUAAUAAAACAUCAGCUCACAGUAAA